CUCGCUUCGUGUCGCCCCCCCCCCCUCGUCGUCACCACCACCACCCGGACACCCAUGGCCGGCCGCUCCCCUUAGAAGAAGCCCCAGGGUCCGGGCGCUCCGGGACUGGGAAGGGCGGCGAGGAGCCACCAACACCAACAACUAACCUCCACCACCAACACCACCCUCCACCACCACUACCACCAAUACCACCACCACACCCAACACCAACACCAAUACUACCCUCCACCACUACCACCAACACGACCACCACACCCAACCCCACCACCAACACCACCCUCCACCACCAACACUACCAAUACCACCAACACCACCACCACACCCAACACCACCACCAACACCACCAAUACCACCACCACCAACACUACCAACACCAACACCACACCACCACCAACACCACCCCACCACCACACAAACACCAACACCACCACACCCAACACCACCAACACCACCACACCAACACCACCACCAAGCCAUGCGUAGCAGCUGAGCAGCACCCGAGGGCUUCGGGCAGGACAAUCGCGAAGGAGGUUCGCCUCGCCCGGCGGCGACGGGGUAGGCGGCCGGGCCGGGUCGGGCUCAAGAGACGAGCCGGUGGAGACGCCGGUGGUGGAGCAGGAAGAAGAGAACGAAGCGGGGGAAGUCGUCUUCAGGAGGUGCUGCAAUUAGUGUGACGAGCCAAAGCAAUUGGGGGUGUGUGGUGGGUUAUAGCAAAAGGUGAGAAGAAAGAACGAAGAGGACGAUAGGAAGAGUGAACAGAGACGGAAUCGUGAACGGUGGUUGCCUUGGUGGUGGUGGUGGUGGUGGAUCUUUCGAAGGGUUCGUGAGGAGCAAAAGGGUCACUUUGUGGCCAUGGAGCUUGUGGACAUCCUGAGGAAGUUGGUGGCCCGAGUGGCUUCACUGCGAGACGUGGACGCGUACGGGGAGGACGGCUUUGCAGAGGAGUUCGCGAGGCUACGCCGCCAGUCGAUGCGCUACCGCAGUGACCGAACCUACCCGACUACCUCCGGGGAGAACGAGGACAACAUGCGCAAGAACCGCUACAAGGACAUCCUGCCAUUUGAACACAGUCGAGUUAAAUUAGCCAUCCAACUCCCUGCUGCAAACUCUGAUUACAUCAAUGCGAACUUCAUAAAGGGCGUGAGCAAUCCGCGGGCGUACAUCGCCACUCAGGGCCCCCUGCCACACACACUCGUCGACUUCUGGAGCAUGCUCUGGGAGCACAACGUCAAGGUGAUCGUCAUGGCUUGUCAAGAGGUGGAGAUGGGAAGGAAAAAGUGCGAGCGGUACUAUGCCUUAACGCAGGAAGAGCCACUCACCCUGGGACCAUUCACAAUAUCCUUGUUGCAGGUGGAGAAGCAGCACAGGGGCGAAGACUACUGCAUACGGACACUGAGUGUUCACUAUGGAAAUGAAACCCGCACCGUCUUCCAGUUCCACUACUCCAACUGGCCAGACCACGACGUGCCCUCCUCCUUCGACCCCAUCCUCGAGAUGAUCGCCAUCAUGCGCGAGUACCAGGACGAUGAGGACAGCCCCAUCUGCGUGCACUGCAGCGCAGGCUGCGGAAGGACCGGGGCCAUUUGCGCAAUCGACUACACUCGGAAUCUACUCAAGCUCGGGAAAAUCCCAGAGAACUUCAGCGUCUUCAACUUGAUUCAAGACAUGAGGACCCAGCGGCCAUCCGCUGUGCAAACCAAGGACCAGUACGAGCUGGUGCACUGCGCAAUAGCCCAGCUGUUCCAGCAGCAGAUACUCGCAUCCAGCCCCUGCUUGAAUUCCAACUUGCCUGCGCUCGCCACGGAUGACGAGGCCGACCUAUCGGCAUCUCCUCCGGGAACUCCUGACCUGCCGCCCCCAAAACCCCCACGUGUCAAAAGUGCGGCGCAGCGGGACGAGGCGGACGUGAUGGAGGAGAUCCUGCAGCCGCCACGGCCCAUCCCCGUACCGCCCGUCAUCUCCCCGUCGGUGCCCGCCGGCUUCCUCACCAUCUCGUGCGUGUGGCAGGACCGCAACGACCGCUACCACGCCGACGCCACCGAGCGCUACCACGAGCGAGACGCGACGGGCACCCCGGCGAUUUGUGAGACGGGCGGCUGCGGGGGCACGGUCGAGGGUUCCGACUCCGACGGCAACGCGUCGGGCGACGCCGAUUGCGCGAGCAAGGCCGAGAGCUCGGCGGAAGAGUGCAGAACGGAGAAGUUUAAUGCCGCCAACAAGGCCGCGGGCGACGGCUUCGGCGGUUCAGGGAGCAGAGUUGUGGAAAGUACGUCCCCUUGCUCGGCGGAGACCCUGGAAAACCACGGCCAACAGCGGUUGGACCUGAACAAGAAUUACACCAAGUUCACGGGCAGUGUGUCCAAUGCCAACAUCUCGGCAGAGAGACCCAUUCACCUGGAAGUGGCUCCCCCCGAAGACGACGACAACGCCCCGCUCGGCAAGAAGCCGUCGGCGGAGAGCGCCGGCGACGAAGCCGCUUCUGUCGGCGGCCCGGACGAUGACGGUAAUUCUGCAGAGACGAACGCCAGAACUAUAGACCUUGAGUUGAAACGGAAGGAGAACAGGCUGGCGAUCGAGGUGAAGAAAGUCCCCCGACCAGAGACCCUCAAGAGCUUUGAGUUGGCAGCCGCCCCCACCCCGAGCCGAGCCACCAUCACGCCCGUUUGGAAAGUGUCCGGGCAAGAGGAGUGCAGAGGGACGGCCGUGGAUGGCAACAGAAAUGUUGAGGUCAAUCAGAACGCCUCCGUCCCUCCUAACACUUCGAAUGUUAAACAUUUCGUGCAAUCCAUAGACUCGAAACCGAACGUCGGUUCACGAGCCACUCUCUCUGUUGAACACAUCAGAAAGCGGGCCGUGUCUCCCAUCGGAUUUCAUCCCGGACAAUCUAACGUCAGAUAUUCCAGCGUGAGCGCUCCGCAGCCAAAACCGGGCAGCAGCGCCGUCGAGAAAUUCAACGCCCACUCGACAAACCUCAACGUCGUGUCUUCGGCUCAGCUCGGUACGAACGCACAGACGGGCGCGCCGAGCCCCGCCAGCCCCCAAGACAAAGCGGCGCAGCAGCAGAGCGCGGAGGCGACGAGGAGGGGCGAGCCAGACGAGGGCACGGCCGCACGAACCCUCGACGGGAGCUCGCUCGCCGACAAUCAACCGCUGCCAUCAACUGCCGCCGUGGAAUCGAUCCACGCUCCCGACCCCGACUCGCAGGACUCAAAGGCGGAGCCGCAUCUACACGCGGACAGAGGGCCGCAUCGGCCCUUCGGCGAGCAGACAAACGUCGCCGCCGCUUUGGCGUCGGGCGGCGUGGACAAUUUCAAAGGCAAGCAGACGAACCUUGCCAAGAGCACGGUUGUUCCCGUGGGAAGCGACGGUCGCUCUCGAGAUAAAUCGUGGCGGGACGACGUUGGAUGCGUCGCCGCAGGCAAGGAAAGCGCGCCUGCUCCCGCGCGCGCGGAGGAGGAGGAGGUCCCGGGGGACACGCGUGCGAGCCACAGACUGCUCGAUCUGUCGCUCCCAGACAAAGAGACCCUCUACGCUGUCGGCGUCGUGGCCUCUUUCCGCAACGAUGCUGCCUUUAAAGGCUCAUUAGCGCCUGCUGAGCGCACAGACUGUGUAAGCCACCCAGCGAACAAAGACCCCGAUAAGGGAGGAGCCACGUUGCAGGAGAGCCCGGAGAGCCCUCGCCCAGCUGCCCAGGCUCCACGCAGCCCAACGCAGCCACCAGCUGCUGAGGCAGCGCACACGAGCAGGCUCGAGGGUUCUGCUUCGAAACCGAUCAACGAUCCUGAAUCCCUGGCUGCCCGUGGAGAUGAGGCACAGCAUCGAGUCUGAAAGAGCAGGCUUGCGGGCCAGUGCUGCAGUAAUCCGGCGGGACCAAGAGAAUCCAGCCAAAGCUUGAGCAAGCCCUGCCGUAAAGGUGGACCACACUCAAUGCCAGCAGCAUACCUCUGCCUUGCUGCUGAGACACAGGGUCUGCUAAUCAUUCGGUGAUGUACUGCAUGACAACAAAUGAGACAUUUCAUCCAAGAUGCAGGACGAGAUUUAUUAGAUUACAUAUUUUAUUUUGGGGGCUCCAAUCUACUUAAAAGCAACCAAAUAUUUUCAACCAAACAUUAUAACAUUGUUACGUGUUUUAAUUUGCUCCGUGUAAGUCAAUAUGCUUCGACUGCCUUGUCCGGUGUGUUUCAGGUCAAUGUUAAUGUGCACUCUGUUAAAAUGCAGACCAGGAUAAUAAGAGUUUAUUUAGACAUUCUACAGUACAUUCAUUAUUAAUAAUAAUACGACAAAAACAAUCUUGGUCCUGUGAUCAAAUCGCAACGGCUGUUUGACUGACCGUGGCACGAAGCAGCAGACCCCCCCACCUCACGUCCAACACGAAGUCGAACUUGUGACCUGGAAAGCGCCGCUCUUUCCCUGAACCGGUACUGUGGUGCGGCGCGCGACGCAAGGAAAGCACAGUGCAAGCGGGAAGAUUGAAAAACUGCCCAAGGAUGUUUUUUGUACUAAUAAUUAAGCAGGUAUUUGUGCGACAAUCAAACCGUAUGGUAAUGGAUUAAAACGUAAUAGAUGAUCGUGAUGGACUUGAAUAAAAAAAAAAGAUAAAGAAAUGUUUGACAGUUCCUUUGUUCGCAAACGUAUUGCGUGUUAUUUUUGAGUAUUGUAUCCGCUUGACUGUUUGGUCAUGUUUUAAUAUGCAUUUUUUUUUAUAUAAUGUGGAACAGUAUAAAGCAAUAACCUGUUCAUUCCAUCAGAUAUUUUCGAGUGCUAUUAACUAAUGGUCAGCUUGUUGUGAAAUGCAGUACUGUCCUUGUACACGAUAGUCUGGCCAACUGCCAUAAUAUACUAAGUUAUUCAUAUUUGGACCAUGUUGUUAUCUGUAUAGCCCAGCUGAUUUUUAAAUAGCAUUAUCUGCCGAGAAGCAGAGUUUGGAAGACAGUAGUGCACACAAGCGUUCCGAUUUUCCCAAGUGUGCCGGAGAAGGGGUGGGGGGGGGGAAGUAAACAUAAAAAGACAAAAACAUUAAGCUGUGCAUAAUAUAAAUAAACAACUGUUGGGAACAUUUGCGGUAUUUGAAAUGGAAGUUUACCGCAUAAUAAUGAGAACAUAUAUAAUUCAGAAAAAAAUGCAUUUUUAAAUUUGUUAGCAAAGCAUGGGUCCUGAGAGACUGGGAAGGUGUUUAUUUAGGUGAUGGCUGGAGGAAGAGGGGGCAGUACCUCUCCUCUGGCCGGGUUAAUGAUCCAACCACAACCAAAGGUCAGGUUACGUGUGAAGGGGAAGCGAGUUCAAUUCUGUGCACCAACUGCGCUCCUCUCCCAUGGACCGCAGUGCCGUUUGCUCCCCUGUUAAAUUCGUUGUAAUCUGUACGUAUUUAUUUCAAAUGUGUUUUUCAGCGUUAAAGGUGCACAAUUGGCUUAGUUUUUUGACACGGGCACCAGCACAAACGCCGUGGCUUAGCCCUGUUGUUAGAAACGCCUCCCAUUUUCUUUAGACACUUGAUGGGCUUUCAGGCUUGUGUCCCACUUCACCUUAAAUGUUGUAGUAAACCAUACUAUGCCGAGUAUAUACUGACAGUGGCCCAAAGAUUUCAGAAGCCAACACCUAUAUGAAGGUACGCGGUCUUCAUGGACUUGCCUUUACACGUAUACGUAUGGAGAGCGCACGGUAGCUAACGAUCAUUCCCUCUGAAUUCAUUUGGCCACUUUCAUUUGGCAAUAAAUAUCCUUUCUUCACAACUCUGCGCGGGUGGAACCAUUUAUUUUCUUUCGUCGUCUUCAGUCAUAACGGUAUUACUUUAUUGUUUUAUGCUAGUCUUACCAAAAUGGAAAUUGUUUAUGUAAGUUUUGUAUACUGUAUUGUGUUUUUUUUCCAUUUUUUUUGGAACUUGGGGAGAUUGUUUUUAACUCGAGGGGGAAUGUGGUGUAGGAUCUGACGGCAAAUCGGUUCGUCCCUGGGCUGUAUAGGAUGAUCUUUAUCCUAAUGUCAAAAAGAUGUAAAGAAGUCUCAUGCACAAUCAAUAUAGAUGUAUUCAUCUGUGCCUUUGUAAAAUAUUAGAUUUUUUUAUACAUGCGGAAAAGAAAAUUAUAAAUAAGUUGUGUUUAUUGGAAACGAAACAACACAUUAAAAACAACAUUGACUUUCAAACUUUUGGAUUUCUCCAGGAACGUUUUUGGGUAUAACAAAUUCACUGCAUAUUUAAGAGUUAUUUUUAUAUUAUCCACAGAUACGCUUAACACGCCAACCUGGAAUUACCAGCGAUCUUGUUAGAAUCGAUCAUGAAAACUGCUUCGUCCGCAAAGAACAAUACUGCAUGUUUCUACAAUAAUGCCUUUGUUCAAAUAUCUUUCCCACAAUCUUAACUGCACACUGUCCGAAACUAUUAACAAAUAAACACCAAUUUUAAAAAAGUGAAUUUGUGUACAUGGUUGUGUUGUUUUACCACCAAAUCUCCCUUUCCUACAUAGGCGAUGUUGUGCAUGAUAAUAAUGAAUACCAAAAUGCAUUCAACUGAAUUUGGUGCGAAACAUGCAGCACAAUGGAGCUAAAAGAUUCUCACUUUCCCAAAUACGCGGGCCAAUGUAAACAGCGCAGUGUUACAGGCGCGAGUGUGAGAACGAUGUGAAUUAUUUCAAAGAUAAAUUCCCUCGGAUUAAUUGUUCGGGGAGGGGCAAGUUUGGAUAUGUUUUAGCGUGGCCUGUUGCCUGUCGUCUCAUUCAUCAGUUCCUGUGCCAAAGAGACUGCACGGGCAUUUGUAGAGCUUAAGUCAUUGGCUCGGAGUCAUUCAUGCGUACGGACUAAAUGGAUGGCCCCUAAAGUAUCAAGAGCUCGUGUUUUAUCAAAGCGUUCACUUUAAAUGCCCACCUCCUGCAAUCACCAACCAUGUUCUAACCACUGCUGGAUGAGAGACCCUCGAAGCCGUUGCUAUCUCUCGCGGGUGUUACGAUGCACCAAUCCAUCCGGCACCUGCGCAUGUGCUCACAUCGCCGCAUUUCAAGCCGCCCCGACCAAUGUAUGUUUGAACGUACUUCAAUGUUGAUGGUACUUCAACCACGCUGAUCAUUGCGGAUUGGUGGAGAUGCUCACCUGGCGUUUGGAAACGCAACACAUCGCAUACCGAGAAACCAGCAACAAAAAAACCCACUUGACCUCCCAGGAAUUUCGAUCUUUGAUGAUGGCUGCAACAACAACAAAAAUACACGAGUAGGUGCUGCCGUUUUUCUUAAAGCAAUAUGCAGCACACGUCCACCGCUUUUAAAUUACUUGGAGCAGGAAGGUGCAGGGUUUGGAUUACAGAAGCCGUUGGGUGAUGUUAAUGUAAUUUGCUCCGAAGGGGUGUGAUUGGAGGUGACACUUUGCGUGUGUGCGUGCGGGGUGGUCGUGCAAGGCCGUUUCAUUCUUGGUGUAAACAUUUCACGAAAAGUGUUCUCCGUAGCAAGGGGGGGUCGUGGAAUCAAGUUGGCGGCGAGGCUUUGAGUUCGACGGAAGGCACCACGUUAAAUAUAAACUCUUCAAAUUCAAGCACGCUUGAUCAAACACGGUGACCUGAAUAUCAUUGCUCAUGUUUUUUUCAUCUAUAUAUAUGUGUGUGCGGUUGACAGCUUACUACUCCAGUGGUUUGUGGGAGAAGAUAAAAAUGGGAAAAAAAUAACCGCGUUUAAACUUAUUUUGUUUUAGCAUUUGUAUUCCUGUAUUUCAAGGCUGUCAUCACACGUAUAAGGAGCUGAGGCUGGUAUUCUGAGAGUUGCCACCUGUUCUGGUUUCCCAACAUCAUUCGUAUGUUUUAAAGGUAGCUGUUGCUGGCAAAUCUGUUAAAUCUUCCCUAGGACAUUAAAAGUCGCGGUUGCUGCCUUUUGCGAAACCAUAUUCUACUCAAGACAAUGCAAAUGACAUGCAGUUUUUUCGUUUCCGGUAUUGUGCUAUAUUCAUAUUCCCAGAAUAUGUCUCAGUUUUUGUUGUUUAACCUAUAUGAAGUUAUUGUCUGUAACUUACAGCGUGUAAAAUUCCAUCAACGUGGCCACGAGGUGGCGUUCUGUGCAGUCAUUAAUCGACAUAAUGACGCCCCUGGCUUUGGAAGUUCAGGGUCAUCCUUAACGAAUCUCUGUUGAAGGCAGCUGCUGGUUUCAUUGUCGUUAUCUCUGCCUGUCCAUAUUUCUCCCUCCGCACCCACCGUUUCUCAUGAGCAUCGUGAAGCAGGAAUAGCUUUGAAGCAUUUCUGGUCAAUGCGUGCUGGUCUGCAUUGCGGUAGCCACCCGUCAGGGUUUUCCCAGGAUAUCUUCCUGUUUAGAGGUAGCCGUCCUGGGAUAAACCACCAACAUAAUUCCUGCUUUUUGUCAGUUGAGUAAGACCACACCACCGUGUGUGUAUAUCGUCAUCCCCCUUUUUGGUAUUGUGAAAUAUUCUUCGCAUAUGUCCCUGCUUGUUUUUGUAUCUCAGCGGU